AUGUCUCCCAACGAGAGCUCACCGCCGGUGGAGGCCGCUGCAGCCGCCGCCGCCGCCGCAUCCACGCCACGGUCGCGGCUGCCGCGGUGGACGCGGCACGAGACGCUGGUCCUGAUCCAGGCGAGGCGCGCCAUGGAGCGGCGCGGGCUGCAGCUGCCGGCGGUGCGGCCGCGGCCCAAGUGGGCGGCGGUGUCGGCCUACUGCCGGCGCCACGGCGUGGAGCGCGGGCCCAUGCAGUGCAGGAAGCGGUGGGGUAACCUGUCCUGGGACCUCAAGAAGAUCGUCGCGUGGGAGGGGAAGGCCAUCGCCGGCGCCGGCGCUGCCGGCGAUGCCCAGCACGAGUCGUUCUGGGACAUGCGCGGGGACCAGCGGCGCGCCAGGCAGCUGCCCUCGUCCUUCGACCGCGAGGUGUAUGACGCGCUCGUCUGCGGCGCGUCCGUCGGCGACGGCGAGGACGCAGCCGCGGCCGUGGUUCCUCCGGACUUCGGCGACGGGGAGCUGGAAGGGGUGUACCGGCAGCCACCCAUCAUGGUCAUGCCCAUAUCAGUGACAGAGAGUGACCAGAAGAAGGCGGGCGCGGCGGCGUCGGACAAGAACUCGACGUCGUCGCAGCAGGAUGGCGGUGGCGUAGGCGGCGGCGGCGGCUUCAAGGACAGCGACGCGACGUUCGUGGCGGAUCAGGCAGAGGGCACCGCGACGGCCACGCCGGCGGCGACGGCGACGGCCAGCAUUGGGAAGCAGGUGAUCGAGGCCCUGGAGAGGGGCAACCGGGCGCUGGCGCAGCAGCUGGAGGAGCACAGGCGCAGCUGGGACGCCGACAGGGAGCAACGGGCAGCUCUCCUCCGCGCCAUGGACAGGGUCGCCGACGCCGUCUGCAGGAUCGCCGAUAAGCUCUGA